GUUGUGUCUCUUCUUGUGUCUCUUCUCAUGGAUGUUUUCAGCAAUGGCUCGAUGGCCUUCUGAAAUCUCACAGAUUUCACAACCUUCAAGCGCUGAGUCAUGGAGUCAUCAGAGUGGCCUGUGGUCAGUAUGGACUUUGGGCGGCCCGAGGUGAUGAUCGUGCCCAUUCUUGCCUUCUUCUCCUCUUUGGUGAAAGGUCUCAGUGGUAUGGGGGAGGCCCUCGUCUAUGGCGCGGGAUGGCAGCUCUUUUACCUCGCUGGCUUUGAGGAGAUGAACAACCUCGGGCUCCUAGCUGGACUUAUUUGCGUGUUGCAAUGCACCUCUACUGCAUUGCUGGCAUUUGGAAACUGGCAGCAAUGGUUGUUCUACAUCAAGCCUGGUCUGAUAUUUAGCUUUGCAAUGUUGGUGCCCUCCCCUGUUGGCAACCACAUACGGGAGGUAGCACCUACUGAGUCUGUGCAGCUGGUUCUUUCAGUGACAUUUCUGAGCUUUGCCCUGCUGAAACCCAUCGUUGAUGCGAUCUCGGCAUUCAAGACGAAGGAGGUCAGUCGACCCCCAGAAGGAGAUGCUGAUGCUUCAGAGGCGACCGAGCCCGAACCUUCAGAAGCAGAGGCAAAUUUGAAGCGGCAGUCUAGUCAGCUUCCUGAAGCUCCGAGCUGGCUGUGGGCAGUGCUGCCGCCGGUAGGAAUGGUGGGUGGCUUCCUUGGGGGUUUGUGUGGUAUUAAUGGGCCACCUUUCAUUCUUCUGACCGCCAUCACAGGACUUGACAAGGUAGUGGCGCGGAAUUUAUUCCCGAUGGGACAAGCAAUGGAGGCUUGGACCUUCCGCUUGCCAAUGCUACUGUAUUUGCAGCGCAUUCGACUUGAAGAUGCUCACCUUUAUUGCAUUGGACUUUUUGCAGGUGCAUUGGGUCUCCAGCUGGGCAACUGUUUGGCUCCCAAAGUUUCGCAAAAGGUCUUCGAGUGGAGCAUGCUGCUUUUCUUGGUGGUUUCUUCACUCUUAGUGCUUGGCCUGCUGGAAGGGAAACCUGGUGCCUUCAUUGCACUGGGUGCAUCGAUCCUGGUUCUACUCCUGCGAUGGCUCGCUUCGAGGCACCUCCUCGUGUCAAGACGCUUAGCAGCUGAGCAAAGUGGGAGUGGUGACCGUGAGACCAAUUCUUCACCGAACUUGUUUUCAGGCAACCUGAAGAGCGGACCUGUUGCUGAGGGCCCAGAGGGACCAGUGCAGGUUUAUGGUGCAGCCGAGUGGUCGGUGCCUGACGCCGAUUUCACACCUUGCUGUGCUGGGAAGCCCUGGAAGCCGGCAGGACUAUGUUUGUGUCAAUAAAAGACACGCUUCAUCACGCUUCCUGGAUUCCUUCCGCCUGGUCGGGUGCUGGGCAACCUCCCCCUGGACCUGUUCGCAGCGAUUUUAUUUCUGAGCAUCUUGAUACCUCUACGCAAGGCAAAGGAGCUCUUCUCAACUGGUCAUCUCUACGCAUUGCGAACAUCUUUGCAGAGGAUAUACCCGACAGCUUCUCCAUCAACUGCUACACGGUUGCUCUUGCUGGUACCUAAAGCCAAAGUCAACGAGAGGAGCGGCUCCAAGAAACACUGCUGAAGUUGGAUGUGGCAGCAAGCCAAAAAGAAAUCAUGCCAAUUGGCCAAAACGUGUAAAUCAAGCUUUCAGUUGGACUGAAGCGAGAAUGAACUACUGAACUUUGACAGCCCGAAAGGAUGUAGCGGGUAUGCUUGGCCGGAAAAAUUGGUGAUUCGACCAGAGUCAGACAUGCCAGAUGCUGGAUGGAAAAA